CAUAAAUAGACAACAAACUUAGAAGAGAAUUCCUCAGAAAAAUUAAAGCAAGACAAAUUUUUAUAAACAAUUCAUUCCAAAAAUAGAUUGCAAAUAUAAAGUACAAAAUAUACUUCAUUAAAAGAAAAAGUUUAUGAAAUAAAAACAACUAAGAAAAUAAACAAAUCUAUAGAGCAGAGCAAGACAAACACAAGGUCAUUUCAUUUACAAUAUCAAUCAUGGGUGACAACAGCAGCCGUCACUUGUUAAGAAGUCUUAUUAACGCCUCCGAAAAGGCAGCCAACAUUGCCAGAAUCUGCCGCUCCAAUGAACAAUUACUGAAACUGCUGGUGCAGGAGAAAACCGGUGAUGAGGCGAAUGCUAGAUUUGAACAUGAUUUUAAGACCUUGGCUGACGUUCUCAUCCAGGAAACUAUAAAACAUGAUGUGGGUGAAGAGUUCCCUGAAAUGAAAGAAAAUAUCAAGGGUGAAGAGUCACCUAACUUUAAAAAUUCUCAAGAUGAAAAUGUGCCAAUCGUGGUGGGAGCUGAGGUAACAGAAACUGUGGAAUGUUUGUUACAAAUUUUACAAGAACAACAUCAAGAGGCAGCCCAAAUUCUAGCCGAAGAAGUUCAUCGUAGUGUAGAAUUUGAUAAAGAACUACAUGAGGAUUUGCCUGAAUUACCAAAUGAUGUGGAUUAUAGUCAAUUGGGUAUAUGGAUUGAUCCCAUAGAUGCCACCGCUGAAUAUAUAUCCGGCGAUACUAUUUUCACCAAUUUUCCCGGCAUAACAUCCACUGGCUUGGAUUGUGUUACAGUCCUUAUAGGGGUCUAUGAUGUCAAUAGCGGUUUGCCUGUCAUUGGCGUUAUUUCCCAACCAUUUGGUAAUAAAAUCGAAGACAAUAUCUAUACAUCUGCUUUAUUUUGGGGUAUAGCAUUACCCGACUUACAGGCACACAGCAAAAUACUAGAUAACGUCCGAGAACGCUCACGACUGUUGGGUAUUUUUUCGAGUUCAGAACGAGCAGAUUUAUUACAGCAAUUGCUGGACUUGGGCUAUGAAUUUGCAUUUUCAGCUGGUGCUGGACAUAAAGCUUUAAAAGUUAUAACCGCUGAAGUAGAUGCGUAUGUAUUGAGUAAAGCUUCCACGUUUAAAUGGGACACUUGUGCACCCCAAGCUAUAUUACGUUCCUUAAAUGGUGAUAUUAUCGAUUUUAAAACAAGUAUAAAAGAAGGAAAAGCCAUACCUUUGACUUAUACUAACGCUACUGAGGACACCGAAGAAGGUAGAGCGGACAAGGAUUGGAAGUGUAAUAGUAAUGGUUUAAUAGCUGUUAGAGAUUUAAAAUUAUUAGAUAAUUUAUUAGAGAAAUUAGCUGAAUCUUAAGUUCAAUUAUAUUUUAGAUUUAUCAUAAUAAUGAUAAAUAUAUUCCAAUCAAAAAUUCCUAAUUGUUUUUAAGUUUACUUUAAUUGUUAAACUAAGUGGAAAAUAAUUUAAAAUAGUUUGAAAAUGUUAAAUGAAAAUUGAUUUGAUAUUGAUAAAAACAUAUUUUUUGUAUUAGUUAAGUGGCAAUUUCUUUAGAUAUUCUUUAAACUUAAACGACCAUAUUCUUAAUUUUUUAAAUUAAGAAAUAAAUCAUCAUCAAAACAAUGGAAAUUGUAGGAUUUGAAAUCGUAUAAUAUUCUUUGCAUAUAUACCAACACCUGCCAGAUUUGCUAGUUUAACAGUAAAUUAUUUCUGUACUUAAUAUUUUGAAUAUAUUUUUCUUAAAUCUUUCUGUUUAAACCCAAUAAAUCUGACUGUUUAUGAAAAUGACCAAUUAUUAAAACAUGGUAUAUGUAUAUUCAUAUUUUAUAUGUUUAUACGCAUAUAAUUAAUAUUGAAUCUCUAUGUUAAAUGGUAGCUUUAAAUGUUGUUGGUCUGAUACUGUACUUGAUAUUAUUCCUAUUGAAAAGUGUAUUUUAAUAAAUAUUUAUAAUAAAAAAA